UUGUUUGAGAAAUCCAUCACAAUUUUCGGUCUCUUACAGCCUUCAUACCACCGAGUAUUUGACAAUCUAAGCAAUGAAUUUCAAGGCAGUCCUAAUAACUGCGUGGAUUUGGUUCCCUGCUUUAGCAACUGCAUAUGAAACAGCAAGCGGAACACUUCAGGUCUGCAACUCGUCAGAGUGUAUUCAAAGAGCCCAACUAAUAACUGAAUCGCUUAAUACCAGCAUUGAUCCUUGCACGGACUUCUAUUCAUACGUUUGCGGCCGGUGGGAAAGCAAUCAUCAUCUUCCAAGUGGUAGGCGCAGCUAUGAUGUUUAUGAGGAGAUUUGGAAAGAUAUUCCGGAAAUGCUGAGUUAUAUUCUUGGAAAUAUAACCCUGGAUGAGAAUAACCAAACCAUAAUUGACAAGGUGGCAACCAUGUAUAAUGCGUGUUUAGCACUUCCAGAUACUCCUGAUGCGUUAAUUAGAGUACUGAAUGAAUCUGGAUAUAACGCCUGGCCGAUUCUCAGCGCACAAAACGUCUUCAACUCCACUAAUUGGACGGAUUUACUGCGCCAUAUGGACAUUUCUGCACUUUUCUAUGUGGACGUAGAUAAGAAAGGAUACGCCAGGAAACCGGUGUUUCAUCACGAACUAUACGUAAAGCCCAUGCCCAUUCUAAGUGAACUAGACAAGGUGCCGAAUAUCAAUGCAUUAAUAAACAGCACUAUCAAAUUCCUAAACCCAGGAAUCACAAUUUCAGUGCUUGAAAACCUAACUAAUGAAUUGGUGCAAUUCUCAAAGAAUCGUAAGCUGGAGGACCGGCUCAAGAGUAGCUCCAAUGUCGGCGCUACGCACAACAGGGUCUUUGCCUCGUUUUCGCAAAUAGAGCUGAACAGUCCGCCCGGAGUCAACGGCAAGCUGCGUCUUGUAGUGCUCUCUGCAGACCAAUCUGCUGAGCCAGAUGAUGCCUGGUUGCAGUCGCGCACAUAG